AGUUUGUAACUAGAGGGAGGGUUUCUUAAAACAUCACGUUACGUGAACUACAUCACAAAAUGGUCAAAUGUAAAUUUAAGAACGCUAUUAGUCAUGCGAAACAUUCACUUAACCCAGAUAGAGAAAAACAGCCCAAGGGAAGUACAAUGCGAACUAAGGCUACUAUUAAGCGACUUAAUAUGUACCGUAAUUUCAAGGCCAAAAGGAACAAAAAUGGGAAAAUAGUUCGCCCUGCACCUUUUCAAUCAACUCUACCGUCCGGUACAGUUGCACGGGUCGAGCCUAAUAGACGAUGGUUUGGCAAUACACGUGUUAUAAGUCAAGAUACGUUACAAAGUUUCAAAGAAGCGAUGAAGAUCCGAAAUCCCUACGAAAUUAUUUUACGUCAAACUCGCUUGCCUAUAUCACUUUUGGAUGAGAAGAAGACGAAAACUAAAAGUGCUCUUUUAACAUCACAGAGCUAUUCCUAUGUAUUUGGGGAUAAAGCACAGCGCAAAAGACCUUCGUUGGAGUUUGAUGAUCUGUCGUCACUUGUACAACAUGCUGAGUCAAAUCAGUAUUUGUAUAACUCGACGGAUGAUAAGCAUAUGGUUCGAUGUGAUGAUGGUGUCCGAGAAUUAACACAGGAUCCUCACUUCAAAGCUGGUCGAUCGAAGAGACUAUGGAAUGAGUUAUUUAAGGUUUUAGACUCUUCAGAUGUUGUACUGUAUAUUUUGGAUGCGCGCGAUCCAAUGGGCACACGAUCUCCUUAUAUUGAGAAGUACUUAAAAACUGAAAAACCACAUAAACAUUUCAUAUUCAUUAUCAACAAAGUGGAUUUAGUCCCUGUGUGGAUAACAAAACGAUGGAAAGCUAUCUUAUCUGAAGAAUAUCCUACACUUAUAUUCCACGCUGAUAUGACUAAGCCUUUGGGUAAAGUGGCUCUCAUGGGUCUUUUAAGGCAAAUGGCAUCACUUCAUAGUAAAGAACGACCACAAAUAUCAGUUGGUAUCAUUGGUUAUCCAAAUGUUGGAAAAAGUAGUAUCAUUAAUGCUCUUAGAAAUAAAAAAGUUUGUAAUGUCGCCCCAUUGGCUGGCGAAACAAAAGUAUGGCAGUAUGUUACUCUAAUGAAAUCUAUAUUCUUAAUCGAUUGUCCCGGAGUUGUCUAUCCUGAUGGUAAUACUGAAGCAGAAUUAGUUAUGAAAGGAGUUGUGAGAGUAGAGUACUUACAGCAGCCUGAUCUGUAUAUUCGUGAUGUAUUGGAACGUGUUAAACCAGAAUUUCUACAAACCAAGUAUAAUCUACCACCACUGUCAUCAGACGAUGUUCAGAAUUAUUUGCAAAAGCAAAUUACGGAUAAUGAAGUAAAUAAUGAAAGUAGUAAGGGUAUCAAUUCAAUUUUAUCACAAUCCUCUACUACACCUUUAUUAUGGAAUGACUAUCCAGAAUUAUUUUUAGAAACCUUAGCUCGACAAAGUGGUAAAUUACUAAAGGCUGGUGAGCCGGAUUUAAACACCACUGCUAAGCGUGUACUGAAUGACUUUCAACGUGGUCGACUACCCUACUUUGUCAAACCACCUAUGGAGGCGGAAGAACUUAAACAGAAUGAUUUUGUCGAUGAAUAUCCGGAAGAAAUCAUCAAGGUAUUAUAAAAAAUUUUCCCCAAUAAUAUCUUGUUAUUAAUACAUUUUACAUUUACAUUGAUAUAGAUGAUUUCUCACAGUUUAGUAAAGACAGAAUGUAGGACCGCUGUUUGUGUCCGAAUUCCCACAUUUCUACAUAAAACUGGGAAGUUAUAAACAAGAGGAUUGUACGUAAUGGAAAAUAGGAAUAUCUUAUGUUUUAUAAACUAAUAAACCUGUUUUAUGAUGGAUUUAACAAGUGGGUAAUGGUAGUACUAAACGUAAACGCAUUGGGAUUACAAUGAGAGUAAAGCAUAAAAUGUAUUGUUGUAAAUCAACCCUAUUUUCUGACUUGAUACGUGUAUUACUCGCAGUAAAAUUAUUCUACAUGCCUUCGCUUCUUUUAAUACAUAGUACCGUCGAACGCAAUUUUUUUCAAGUUUCUAAACAUAAUUUAUCGUUUUGAAUAAGUAGUUUGACUCUUGACAUUAUGGCCAGAAUAAAACAAAGGCAAGUCUGUGUUUUAUUAAAACUGAUAAAAUGUUAUUAACCCAGAGAGAGAACGAAAGAAAAGCAGGCUGCUAGUUGUCAAUUACAUCCGGUAUUUUCUUAUUUAAACGAAGUGAUGCUAAGGAGCUUUCAAACUUAAAUAGAGUUUUUCAUGCCUGAAGUACAAAAACCAAGUAUAUGUCAAAAAACUAAUAAGAACGUCGUACUAUGAAUCUCAAUGAAAUAAUCAAAUAACAAUCUACUAACUAUUCCGCUCCCUGUUAUAAAAAUCAGUUGAAAGAAAGAACUAGUUGGUAACGGGUACAAUGGGGAAUACCAAGCCUGAGUAUAAUUCCAAAUACCUAUAAAGAUAAAUGGGCUUUUGUCAGUUACUGUUGAUAAGAUGAAAUAAUCGUAAAACCUAAUGUAGGUUUGUAAGUUAUAACAGUUAUGCUAUAGUAGAGACGGUAUUUGUGACUUAGUUAAUGAAGUAACCUCAUACUGUUAACAUUAGGUGUCAUUCUGUAAUAUAUUUGCCUUGUUCAAAUUAUUUUGUUCUGAUUAAUAGGACUUAUCAAUGGAUGUACCAGAUAAGGACCAAUCCAUUACUGAUGUGAUUUCUUCUACUGAUACCGGUUUUGCAGAAGAUUUAUCCGAGACAGACUGUGUAAGUCCAACUUCCCUAUUAUCAGCUUUCACCAGGUAGUUUAAUGACUCGUGUAAUGUAAAUCACAGUGAAAAAAAACUAUAAAUUGUAUGAAAUAGCUCCGUAAGAUUUAAUGUUUGUAAAGGAACCACUACCUACAUUCACCUGUAUUGUGUUUUUAUUGAACUUAAUUAUUUCGACGAAUCCUUUGGCUCAAAACAAUGUCACUUUAGGAAUCACAUGUCUUAAUACAUUCACAUUAGAAUUUACUUCUAAAACAAUUAACUCCAAUGACUACUCAUGGUUGCUGUUACUGAAUCUUAUUCGUUCCCCGCUAUCGGCUUUUGGGAAAUACUUAUCAUAAAUAUUUUUAUUAGUACAAUGUGCGGAGAACAUCCUGGAGUUUUGCUACUGUUAAACUAAUGUAGUAGCUUUAUAUGUACUUGUCGUACGGAUCGUGUCAAUUUCCACGUCGUUCAGCUGCCGUGUUUACAUCAAGAAGUUCGUCCUUACCCAUCACCUAUAUUUUUAUCUUGAUCAGCACUUUGUUUUCUGUAUUAUUUUAGAGUGAUGGAGAGUUGGAAUCAAGUAACGUACUCAACUACGAUCUGAACACUAAUGAUGAUGGUAGUGUUAAAGCCAUAACAACUUCAAAGGAAUCAGUCCAGAUCUUGACAUCAAAACAAAAAAGAAGUAUGGACAGAGCUAUACGACGUCAGAAAAAUCGUGCAGGCCGUCAAUUUUACAAAGAAAUCCGUGAUCAGCGACCUGGUAGAAGUCCUGGAGGUAAUAGCCAAGAUAUAAGGAAACUAAAUUGCCGAUCCAAGGUUAAUAAAAGGCGCUAAUGAAACAAAUAUUAAGAUUGGAUAAGGGUCGACUAUGUAUAUAAUGUUAUUUUGUACCAAUACAUUUUACACAUGG